UUCUGCAGAAGCAGACAGGUAGCGUCAAAUACGGACACGCGCAUUGUCAUCAUCACUGAUCCGCUCGCACUGCUGCUGCGCACGACUAGGCUACUGACACGACAGUGAUACAGAGAGGAAAACACAAUUUCAGGCGACGAGAAAAAGCUUCGUAAAAAGGCAAACACGGAGUAGACGGUGAGACACCAUGAGGUUGGUCCUGUCCGUGGUGUUUUGUGGAGCUCUCGUUGGCCUGGCAGCGUUCACAGAUGCAGCCCCAAGUAGCUCGGGUGGAGAUGGCGACAUCUCGUUCGAAUAUCAUCGCUACGAUGAGAUGCGAAAGGCGCUUGUGUCCGUUUGGUUGCAGUGUCCUUCCAUCUCACGUAUCUACACUAUCGGUGAAAGCUCUGAGGGCCGCGAGCUACUGGUCCUGGAGAUGUCUGACAACCCCGGAGUUCACGAACCAGGCGAGCCCGAGUUUAAGUACAUUGGGAACAUGCAUGGGAACGAGGCCGUGGGGCGGGAGCUGCUGAUCUACCUGGCCCAGUACCUGUGCAAUGAGUACCAGCAGGGCAACGACACCAUCAUCAACCUCCUCCACUCCACACGCAUACACAUCAUGCCCUCUAUGAACCCCGACGGCUUUGAGAAGGCUGCCUCCCAGUCAGGUGAGAUGAAGGACUGGUUUGUGGGUCGCAGUAAUGCCCAGGGCAUUGAUCUGAACCGUAACUUUCCCGACCUGGACCGCAUUGUCUACAUGAACGAGAGAGAUGGAGGACCCAACAAUCACCUGCUGCUGAACAUGAAGAAGGCCGUGGAUGAGAACACCAAGCUGGCCCCUGAGACCAAAUCGGUCAUCCACUGGAUCAUGGACAUUCCCUUUGUCCUGUCUGCCAACCUGCAUGGAGGAGAUGUAGUGGCCAACUACCCCUAUGAUGAGACACGCAGUGGCUCUACACACGAGUACAGUGCAAGCCCUGAUGAUGUCAUCUUCAAAAGCCUGGCCCGUGCCUACUCCAGCCUGAACCCCGUGAUGUCAGACCCCAACCGCCCCCCGUGCAGGAAAAACGAUGACGACUCCAGCUUUAAGGAGGGCAUCACUAAUGGAGGGGCCUGGUACAGCGUGCCCGGAGGCAUGCAGGACUUUAACUAUCUGAGCAGUAACUGCUUUGAGAUCACUCUGGAGCUGAGCUGUGAGAAGUUCCCUCCUGAGGACACCCUCAAGCUCUACUGGGAGCAGAACAAGGACUCACUCGUCACCUACAUAGAGCAGGUCCACCGUGGGGUCUUUGGCUUUGUGAGGGAUCUCCAGGGUAACCCAAUCUCCAACGCCUCUGUGUCUGUGGAAGGCAUCGAUCAUGACAUGACCACAGCUAAGGAUGGUGAUUACUGGCGUCUUCUGGCUCCUGGGAACUACAAGGUGUCAGCCUCAGUGCCCGGCUACCUCACAGUCAUCAAGAAAGUGGCUGUUCCCUACAGUCCUGCCGCACGGCUGGACUUUGAGCUGGAGUCUCUGGAGGAGAGGAAAGAGGAAGAGAAGGAGGAGCUUAUGGACUGGUGGAAGAUGAUGUCAGAGACACUGAACUUCUAAUUGGUCGCCAUCCUCAUAUCUCAUGUCUGAUUGGCUGCUGCCGUGUGAGCCAUUGAGAUGUAAAAUAUUUAGUCUCUUGUAUGUCUGCUCACUUGCUGUAAUGAAUGCACCAAUUUUAUUUGGCUUUUAAUUUCUGUUUUUAACAAUUAUCUUUAAUGUUCUUGUAAUAAGUAUAAGCUGCCUAUUUGUGUUUUGUGGAGUCAUACACCAGCCUCACCCCUAAACUAGACAACGACAUAAACACACAACUAUUGUGCAGUCAGAAACACUUUUAUUGUGUGCAUAGAGGAACGCACACACACAGACACACACACACACACACAAAAAUGCUCUUACACACACACACACACACACACAGAGAAGAGAAAUGCUCUUACACACACACACACACACACACACACACACACUUAUUGGCAGUAUGUGGUGCAGACUGCCCUCCUUUGUGAAGUUGUGUUCUUCCUUGUUCAUGUGAAGUUUUCUGUAGUCAUGGUCACCAAAUCUAUAAUCAAUCAGGACACUGUGUUGUGUUGAAUGUAUGCUAUAAUGAUGAUAAUAAUUAUGAAUGAUGCUUGUACAAAGACACUACAUACACACUCACAUAUACAGAGUACACACAGACACACAGACACAGACACGCAGACACAGACACACAUACACACACACACAUACACACACACACACAUACACACACACACACACACACACACACACACAGACACAGACUUUCCUAACUAAAGGGAAAAUGGAACUUUCAAAUGAAAGAAUGAAUUUAGAAUUUAAACAUAACUAUAUCAUAGGCAGUGGGCUGGUAUACUAAACUUAUCAGUAUAAUUCAAUUUUAAUACAACAGCACAAUGUAAUUAAUGUUAUUUUAUUACAGUACCAAAUAGGCUAAGAUAUGUAGGGUUGGUUGUAUCUGCUGCACAAGUAAUGUAACAUAGAGGAAAAUAAUGUACGCCAUGACAUGCACACAGUUUUACACACAUGAACAUGCACUAUUAUAUACAAACAUUUUUAUCAGUCCCAUUCUAUCCAAGUUUCUGAGUUUAGUAUUCAAGUAUUAAAUAUGUACAGUUAUACACACAAGGGAACAUCCCACUAAGCACACACACACACACAUACACACACACACACACAUACACACAUACACACACACACAUACACACACACACACACACACAUACCACACACAUACCACACGCAUACACACACACACACAUACCCACACAUACAGACAUGAUUUCCUCUGCUCCCUCCAAUUGAUGUUACUCCAGGUUUUCCCGUCACCUUUGACCUGAGCCAAGGGUGUCCAUCGUGAGGAUAUCCAUCACUAAGCUCUGCGCUUGGACUCACUGACCCGGUCAAGUGAUCAUGAAUGCCAAUGAAAUGAGCUGAGAUUAUUUGACCAAUAAAGGCCCUUCUAUCUGUUGUCA